CACAUUUCAUCUGAAAUAAAUAAAUAAAAUGACAGUAGCAUUUCUCUAAAUUAAUUAUUCAAAUAUAUCAAGAUGGAUUUUGAUUACAGUAAUUUUAUAGAUGAAUCUCAUUUGGAUCAAACUGAGCAAAUAAAGUCAAUUGCAAAGAAGACAUGGCUAAAUUCAGCAUCUACAUCGUUAGCAAAUUUGGACAAAGUACAGACCAGUGUUUACAAUGUAGGAUUAGCAGAUCCUAGAGAUCUUAAAGCAACAAAUCUACGCAGUAGGCGAAAGGUUGAUUCAAGUGGUCAGCCUAGUGAGUUAGGUACAGACAGAGGCAGUAUACAGUCAGGAUCUGUAAGAACAUGGGGAAGUAACACAUCAAUUCCUGAUGCAGUUGACCAAACUGUUUUGCCAAAACCACUAAGACCAGCUAGUGCUAAGCUAAGUAAAACGAGACCUCCCAGUGGUCGUAAACCCCGCCCUCAAAGUGCAAAAGAACCUCUGCCUAGUGGUGUAGUGUCAGAACAAGCUUUUGGUGUGAAGGGUGCCAAGUAUGAUCCCAGUGGUAGACCACCUAAAGGAGUAUCUCAUACAUCAUCUAUAGGAUGGGUCGGUCCGCCAGCCGGACUCAAAUACCCAGACAGACCACCAGAUGGAGUUGCCUGGCAGAUGGAUUUACCACUUGAGGAAGAUACUACAGAGGAGGAUGUGGGUGUGGCUAAUUAUAGGGCAGUGAAUCCAGAGGCCCCGCCUCCACCUUUUACCUCACCAGCACCUCCAUCACCAGAGCCAGAAGAAAGAACAAAAAGAGUAUUUGAAUUAUUCAUCGGGGAUCCAUACAACGUAGCAGAUGAUGACGAUUUGAUGGACAGCUCAGAUGAUGAAGAUUUGUAUGACCUUUCUAGUCCAAAAGGUUACGCCCAGUCUAAUGUCAAUCAUACAGAAAGCCACUCCCCUGUGCAUGUCAAUUAUACAGGAAACCACUCCCCAGAAGAUUUCAGUCAUACAGAAAGCCACACCCCUAUGAAGGAAUCAUUACGGUUAUCAUUACCAGUGGCUGAUGAUGAUCAUGAUGAGAUGGAUGAUGUAGAUACGGAAAGGUUGUUGGCAGAAGCAGAAUCUGUGUCUAAGAAAUUUAAUUUAAAGAGUAUUAUUAGUGCAAAUAAAAAUAUUCCAGUGUCAACCUUGGAAACAGACUAUACUUGUGAGUCUGACUUGACCAAUCAAAAUAAAGAAAAUGAGGAUGACUUAAAAAUAACUACACAAAUAAAUAUAGAUGGACUAAAUAGCAAACAAAAGGCAGAGGAACUAGUGUCUGAAAUAAUCUCUGAAAAUAGACUGGAAUUCGAAAAAAGUGAGAACAGCAAUAAAAAAGUGGAUAGAGAAAAGUCAGCCGUGAAGUUCAAUGAAAAUAUAACAACUGUAAACAUAACACCAAGGAAUAUAGGACGUAAAGUUGAAGAACUUCAUCAUAAUAAGAAAAAGACUAUACAUCACACUGCUGAUAGUUUUGUGGACUUGAUUGAAAUUAAAAAUAGAGUAGAACCAAUUCUGUCUACAGGCAAAGUUGAGUUUACGGAGAGAGAGAUGAAAUCACCACCAAGGGGGUCCCCCCCUAGAGGAGAAAGGAGACCACCAUCAGGAAAAACCAUGGUAACAGAGCAAGCUAAAAGCUCUAAGCAAUUUAUAUAUCAAAAUAACGAUAGGAAAAAUAUUGUAAAUGUUCAAUCAACAAAAACCAACAAAGAACAACCUUCAAUGCCCUGUAAUAAGAUACAAUCCAACCAAACCAGACCCAAGUCUGCUAGUGGUCCUUUAAAUCGUUCUGCAAAACAGAUCACUACAGUAACUGUAGAUUAUGGAGAAAUUGAAAAACAAAAAAAGGAAAAACCUAUAAAUGAUGGAAGUAAAAAGAAAGAGAGAAAAAGAAAAGAUGAAGUGGUGACUAUGAUGCAGAAGAUGGGCUUGAAUGAGUUUGAAAUUCAAGAUCACAAAGAAAGAACAAACGUUGAUGGUCAUUUGAACAAGAAAAUUGAAACUGACAAAAAGUUUAUUACGCACGAAUCUAUUGUGUCAGCACCAACUGUUGUCAAAUCUGAACAUGAAAAGAAUUACUAUGAAAUAUCAAGACAUUCAAGUUUGUCUAAAAUACCUGAUUCCGAAAUGAAAUCAGAUUUAGAUGUGCCUGUUUCCAAGGAAACCACUGUGUAUAAGACAACAAAAACAUUAGAAUUUGAUGAAUUAGAACCAAAAGAAAUAACAGUGAAGAGUGUGAUAGAUGCACAUCAAGUGUCUGUGAAAGAAAAGGAAAGAUUUUUAGCAACAAGUCCCGAUUUAAAGCAAAGAAAACCACCAAGUAGACCAUCAAGUGCUAAGCCACCAGUCAGUAAGAAGAUCAACUCAGCAGAUGACCUUGAGAGACCUGGGUCAAGGUUAGGGUUUGUUGCUAUGGCACCAGAGGAAUCAUUACUUGAUAAAUCAAAGUCCCUCAACCGUCCUGCGUCUGCACCCACAUACAGACGGCCAAGAUCUGCUGUCAAAGAUAACGAAAAUAAGACAAGUGUAAAAUGUAAAGCAGGGAAGACAGAACAGGUUGAUCUUACUACAGAAGAAAGAGAGAAAGUUAUAGACAAUCUGCUAGAAAGAACAAAAAAUCUAGCUGGUGAUAAAGAGGAAGUAGAAGAUGGAGAGGAGAAGACUAAAGUGGUGAAGAAAUCACUUGUUGAGAAACGUAAACCAAGACCACUUUCAGCACAUGUAGGACUGUUGUCAAGAACAAAAGAGGAAACAGGGAGGACAUCAAUUUGUAAAAGACCCAUGUCAGCAACUACAUCAAGUCAUAAACAUUAUGCAUCUUACUCACGUUCAAGCAGUACAGGAUCUGCCAAACCAAAAAAAUCUUCUAACAAAACACGAGUGAUUCUCACAGAGCCAUGUAUCAUAAAUACAAACAUACCUUACUUUGAUGAAGAAGAAACUGAGGAAGAUCUUGCCUGUCAGAAAAUGGAGAAAGAAUUAGCAGAGAAAGGUUUACAUAUCUCGGCGGCAACAUUACAAAAAGCUCUGUACCCGCCAUCCGGAAAAUCGAGAUAUUAUGAGAUAACAGCUAAUCUACCGAAACAGUCAUCUCUCUCGUUGUUAAGUCAUCCAAAGGUGUGGUUACCAGAAGAACAUAAAAGACUCGUCAAAGCUGAAAAAACACUUGAGAAAGCCAAUGAGCAAAUGUUUCUACAAGAGAAGGCAGAGAAAAGACGAGCUUUCCUCGCAUCACUUACUCCGGAACAGAGGAAAAAACUCAAACAGAAGGGGAAAAAAGGGAAAAAGGGAAAAAAGGGAGGGAAAAAGUUGCGGAGAAGUCACAGUACACUGUGAUAACAGUUUGCUUAGUAGGGGGUCAUAUAGUUGUGCAAAUCACAUGAAUGCAAGGUGGGAAAGCUGCUGUAGUUAAAGCAGUUGGGAGUAAUCAGUGCAGUGGGUCAUAAAAUUUUGUGCUUGUAGUGGAAAUAUACAGUUCAACCUUUGGAAAGCAACCACCCUGUGGGAAACAUAAACUUUGGUAGUUGCUGAGAGGUGUUUCUCAAGAGAAGUUAAAUUUAAUGCAAAGUUUAAUUUUGGGAAGAAGUUAAGUUGUAGGUUAGAAUGCUGCUUUGCAGAGACUGCACUGUAAGUUCUUGGUCUUAAUUAAUGUCGCUGCCAAAAACGAAAUUUGUAGUUUAUAGUUAUAAUGUUAACAGUUACAGAAAUGAAGCAACCAGGUGCGAUUGAUACAGUAGUUACAAAUAAGCACUGUAAGUCUAUAACAGUAUUGUUAUUAAGGUUAUUAAAUGGCCAUUGAACUCAUUGGACCUGUAUGGCCAAGUUGUUGCCUUUGUUUCAGAAGAAAAUGUCAUACAUUUAUUUAUGUGGCCUAGUGUGCCUUUAAAGUGAAACAAGAAUACGAUCAUAUCAUCUCAUGAUGAAAUUUUUUUACAAUAUUUAUUAUAUUUAGUUGUCUGCUAAGAGGGUCAAGGUCAUUCUCACAUUCAUGUGUAUUGUUCAUGGAUAUUCAUAGUAAAUUAGCUGUAGUGUUUGUAAAAUGACUGUUUCUUCAUGUUAUAUAACAUUUUCAUUUCUGGUGUGUUCAACAAAGUAUGCAUUUAGACAUUAUAAUAUGCUAGAUGGUAUUAUUUAUUAUAUGCUUCAUCAAUGUAGAAAUGUUAGAUUCAAAAGACAAAA